AUGGCCCCUGCCAGCCGGGCUGCGUCUGCUGCUCUCUCCCUGCUCUUCCUCGGCAGAGUCAUCCUCGGUACCGAGUACUUCUCCGCCAUCACGCUGUUCAACAACGAGCUGCACAAGCAGGGCUGCAGCUCGCUGUCCGACUGGGAGGAGUACCAGGCGGACUGCGAGUCGUCUAUCUUACAGUUGGAGGAUCCAGACUGUGAGGAGGGAAGUAAUCCUCCCUGUGAGUCUGUGUUCUCCCUGAAUGCUGAGAAGAUCCUGAAUCAAGCGAAGUUGUUCAUCGAGCAGAAGAAGAUCCCGUUCCCCGUCGAAAACCAAAACACCAACGAGGAGCUGGCCAUCGGCUACGUGCUGAUAGGAAACGGACUUUAUGAUGAAGCCAUCAAACACUUCUCUCUGUUACUGCAGAGCGACCCGGAGCUGGUCAGUGCGAUCUACGGCCGAGGAAUCGCCUACGGGAAGAAGAGUCUGCAGGAUAUAAAGAACGCUGACCUGGCUCUCUAUGAGCUGAACAGAGUCAUCACUCUGGAGCCAAACUGGCCUGAAGUCUACGAGCAGAGAGCCGAGGAAGCCAUCGAGACGUUUAAAGAAGCUCUGAAGCUGAAGUCCGACUUCAUCGACGCCUAUAAGAGCCUCGGCCAGGCCUACAGGAGCUGGGACUUUGAGUCGGCGAUGGAGAGUUUCCAGAAGGCUCUGAUGCUGAAGAACCACAUCCAGUCUCUGCAGCUCAGAGGAAUGAUGCUGUAUCACCACGUCCUGCAGGAAGCUAUAGGCAACUUUAAGAGGUGCCUGCAGCUGGAGCCCUAUAACGAGGUGUGUCAGUACAUGAAGGGUCUGAGUCACGUAGCGAUGGGUCAGUUCUACGAAGGAAUCAAAGCUCAGACUAAAGUGAUGCUGAACGACCCGCUGCUGGGUCAGAAGGCCAGCUCUGAGUACCUGAAGGUUAAAUACCUCCGAGAGUACUCUCGGUACCUCCACUCCCACCUCGACAUCCCGGUAGCAGAGUACAACGUGGAUCAGGAUUUACCGGGAAACUUUAAGAACCACUGGGCCAAAAACCUUCCGUUCCUGAUCGAGGACUACGAGGAGCAGCCGGGUCUGCAGCCGCACAUCAAGGACGUUUUGCCGCAGAACUUCGACAGCUACAGCAGUGAAGUCCAGAAGCUGAUCUGCACAGCUGAUCAUCUGGGAGCGUUGAUGCAGUACGAUACUCCUGGUUUCCUUCCUAACAGGAGAAUACACAGAGCGAUGGGUUUAGCCACGCUGGAGGUGAUGCAGGCGAUGCAUCGAACGUGGAGCAACUCUAAAGUUCGAGUCAACGGGAAGACGAGACAGAUGCAGUGGAGAGACAUGUUCGAUAUAGCGGUGAAGUGGAGGAGGAUUGCGGAUCCAGAUCAGCCGGUCUUGUGGUUGGACCAGAUGCCUGCUAGAAGUCUCAGUCGAGGCUUCAACAACCACAUUAAUCUGAUCAGAGGUCAGAUUAUUAACAUCAGAUACCUCGCCUACUUUGAAAACAUCCUGGACUUCAUUAAAGACAGAAUCCUGGUUUACCACAGGGCGUAUAACCCCAGAGGACUGUUAGAGGUUCAUCAGGCUCUAGAAAAUGUGAAUAAAGUAGAAGAUCUUCUUCCUAUAAUGAAGUUUAACAGUAAAACCAGAGACGGCUUCACGGUGAACUCGAAGGUUCCCAGUUUGAAGGAUUCUGGGAAAGAAUACGACGGCUUCACCAUCACCAUCACUGGAGACAGAGUGGGGAACAUGUUGUUCUCAGUAGAGACUCAGACUACAGAGGAGCGGACGCAGCAGUAUCAGUCAGAGAUCGAGUCGAUCUACAAAGACCUGACGGCUAAAGGAAAAGCUUUGAUGCUUUCCACUGAACUGGGGGAUGCAGACGCUGUGUGUAACCUGAUCCUCUCUCUGGUUUAUUACUUCUGUAACCUCAUGCCUCUCUCCAGAGGAUCCAGUGUGGUGGCGUACUCAGUGGUGAUGGGAGCUCUGAUGGCGAGCGGGAAGGAAGUGAUCGGUCGGAUCCCGAAAGGAAAGCUGGUGGAUUUUGAAGCCAUGACGACACCGAGUCCAGAAAGCUUCAGCAAAACAGCGAAGAACUGGAUGAAUCUGAAGAGUUUACCCAGCUGGUACCAGAGCCUCCCGUCUGUAGCAGAAACCUUCCCGUCCAGCAGAACCAUGAUCGAGGUCCUGAACACAGACUCGUCCUCACACUGUCCGAAGAAGUCCUAACGAGGACUUCCUGUGUUUUCCAUGAGCGUCGACACUGGGCCGAGACAAAGGGACGAAGCUGCUUCUGCUGCUUCUGCAACCCAAACCAGCUGAUCUGUCAAACCAGCUGAUCUAUCAAACCAGCUGAUCUGUCAAACCUACCAAAUCUAUUAAAUCUAUCAGAGAUCAAUCAGACCCAGAUCCAGUUUAGAGGCUACCAUGAAGCUUAUUUUGGUGCUUUGUUCUCUGUCGUCCUCCUUUAACCUCGAUUUAAACCCUCAAACACAAAGUUUAAGUUCUUACAUCAAAGUUUUGUUGGUUAAUAUUAAGACAAAACAAACAUUGAGUUUAACCAUCGUGUCGUCCUCUCGGGUCAA